UGUGUGUUAAGAUACUUGAAAUGAGAAAUUCAGAAAAUCAGGCUGUUCAGGAAGAUCCUCGAGGAGCAGCUGAGCAUGUCACCACUGCGAUUUCUCAUAGCGAACUUGCUCGUCGUCCUGGGCAUAGCACUGAGCUGCCUCACACUGAGCUUACAGGUCUUUCUGGUCAAGCUCCCUACACACUUAACUUCAGCUUUGAAGAACUCAACACAAUUGGUCUUGAUGAAGCUCCUCCACGCCACAGUAACUUAAGUUGGCAGUCACAAACUCGCAGAACACCAAGCCUUUCAAGUCUUAACUCUCAAGAUUCAAGUAUUGAAAUAUCAAAGCUCACUGACAAGGUACAAGCAGAAUAUAGAGAUGCAUAUAGGGAAUAUAUUGCUCAGAUGUCACAGUUAGAAGGAGGUGCCAGUUCCACUACUGUAAGUGGAAGGUCUUCCCCUCACAGUUCAAGUGCUUUCUAUAUGGGUCAGAGUACAUCAGGGGGGUCCUUGCAUUCCAGUGCAGAACAAGAGAAAGUAAAAGAUGGUGAGCAGAAGCAAGAUGAUGGAAGAAAGUCCUUCCUGCUGAAGAGGAAUGAUGUUAUUGAUUAUAGUACUUCAGGUGUUUCUACUAAUGAUGCAUCUCCUUUGGAUCCUAUUACUGAAGAAGAUGAAAAAUCUGAUCAAUCUGGUUCCAAGCUUCUACUGGGAAAGAAGUCAUCAGAAAGAACAAGUAUUUUCCAGGCUGCAGAUUUAAAGCUUAAGGGAGUUACUCUCCGGUAUCAGAAGCUUCCAAGUGAUGAAGAUGAGUCAGGAACUGAAGAGUCAGAUAACACUCCGCUUCUUAAGGAAGGUAAAGAUAAGAAGACAGAUGGAAAAGUAGACAAACAACCCAAGUCUCCAGAACAUGGAUCUGAACCUAUUAGAACCUUCAUCAAAGCCAAGGAGUACUUGACAGAUGCGCUUUUGGAUAAAAAAGAUUCUUCUGACUCUGGUGUAAGAUCUAAUGAAAGUUCUCCCAAUCAUUCUCUCCAUAAUGAAGGAACAGAUGAUUCACAGCUUGAAAAGGCAAAUCUCAUUGAGCUUGAAGAUGACAGUAAUAGUGGAAAGAGAGGAAUUCCACACAGCCUUAGUGGCCUUCAAGAUCCAGCUGUGGUUCGCAUGUCGAUUUGCUCAGAAGAUAAGAAGAGCCCAUCGGAAAGCAGCCUGAUAGCAAGUAGCCCGGAAGAAAACUGGCCAGCUUGCCAGAAAGCCUAUAAUUUAAAUAGAACCCCUAGUACAGUAACCCUAAAUAAUAACAGCGCUCCAAACAAUCGAGCUAAUCAAAAUUUUGAAGAAAUACAAGGUAUGAGAGAUCCACCUCAGAUUAUCCUGAACCCUAGUGCAGGUUCCAAUUCAACUGCCAUUCAGAAUGAGAACCUGAAAAGUGUUGCUCACAAGCGGAGCCAACGUUCAAGUUACACACGGCUUUCAAAAGAUUCAUCAGAGCUCCACACUGUCACUGCCUCAGAUGGGGCUGGUUUUGGAGAAGAAAGAGAGAGUAUCCUUUAAAGAAACAAGGUUCAAACAGAGAAUGCCCACAUGUUGUAGCUUGCUUGGAAUUUGUUGUCAAUGUGUGGUUACGUUAAGCUGCAUAGUUUAAGUUUUCAGUACUGUGCUUAGAAAAUUUAGAUUAUUUUCAUUCAUUUUCUUGAAGAGAAGUAAUCUUUAGGACAAAUUAUUUCAGAUCUUCCCUACAAAUUAAACUAAUGCUUGUCAGCAUGGAAAAACGGUUCCUUAAGACUCUGUGCAAAUGUUUGGUCAGAGGCAUACGUUGCUGAAGUACAUACAAUUUAAUCAUUAAAAUGUGGUUUUAUUUUUCUGUUGGGUAAUACUUAUCCCUCCAGAACAUUCCAUUUAAAUCUUACACACUUACAUACUUAAAAUUAAUAUUAAGACCAUGCAUCUUUGCCAUUUAACAUGAGUUGCCAGAAGAUAGAAUCUCACAGCCCGUGACAUCUGUAUCAAUCUUUACAUUAACUAGUGGAGUAAGGUGUGCAACAUUUGUAUGUUGAAAUUUUGAGUGUUAAGGUACCUCUUUGGCUGCGUGUGCACUUUCAUUUGCUAUGUGUUCAGUAAUUGCAGUUGACCUUGUGAACUUUGGGUAGAAUGGUGAUAAGGUUUGUAAGGAGCGUUGUCUUGAUGUGUUGUUGGAAUUGGCAGUUAUUUAUAAGAUAAUGCCUUACCAUUGACUUAGUGAAUCAGUUAUUUAUUAUAGGUAUGUAAUUUUAUAGUUACUGGUCUAAGUAGAUGCAAACACCUGAGCUAUGUUAAAAUAUUACAGGGAUAAAGUGUGAACGUGAUAUCUGAACGUAAGGAGUAUCUGUUGCUUUGCAUGAUAUUUCCUUGGUACAGUGUUUAUUGUUUGGUUUCAGAACGAAAAAUGAGUAGUGUUUGCCAUUUUUAAAGUAUUAUGUACUUUCUGGAAUUUAGUCAGAGCUGUGUGGCAGCUUCUUUAUUUCUGAAGUACAGUAUUUGAAAGUUUUGAUGUCAUCCAAGUAUCUGCUUGUUAUUGUAGUGAAUACCUGUACCGAUCCAGUGAAAUCUGCAUGAUUACAAGGGAAGAAUUGUUCAAACUAGACUCUGGUAGUUCAAAGAGAAUAAAAAAAUAAAUUGUCCUCCUGGAUUUGUGUCCAAAUUUCUA